UACACAAACACAUUAGGUUAACCUCAAUGGAAGCGUGCGAAUGUAUUCAGUUGAUAAUAGUCUAGUAAUGUGAAAUAAAAUGACAGUCAGACAUAUUGAUAACAUGAUAAGGCAUGCUUCCCUACAACACUGCAAUUUGUAGUGAGCUGUUAACUAAUGUUUUAUCAUCUAAUAUCUUAGUUGUUAUUUUGAUAUCAUAGGCGUCGCACGGCAUCACAAUGUUUCGUUUACCAAAAACAAUGCGCGCCGUCGGGCUCUAUAAAUAUUUGCCGAUAACCGAUGUCAACAGUCUAGUGGACGUGGAAGUCGCUUUACCGAGUGUUCAGAAAUCUGAUGUGCUAGUUGAAGUCAAGGCCACAGCCGUGAAUCCGUUUGACACUAAACAACGUGCUGUUAAGUUAAAUAAAGAAGCAACGCCUCGAAUUCUAGGUUGGGAUGGCUCCGGAAUCGUGGUGUCUAAGGGAGAUAACGCAAAUUUAUUUAAUGUCGGUGAUGAAGUAUUCUUUACUGGGGAAAUAAUGAGAAAUGGAUCUAAUGCCCAAUAUGUAGCUGUCAACCAAUAUCUUGUAGGACAAAAACCAAAGAACUGGACAUUUGAACAAGCAGCCGCUAUGCCGGUGACUACACUUACUACAUUCGAGGCUAUCUUUGAUCGCUUGUUGCUCUCAGAGAAGGAUAAAGGCAAGACUUUUUGGGUCAUCAACAGUGCUGGAGGAGUGGGAUCGGUCGCGACGCAAAUUGGCAAGAACUUAGGACUCAAAGUGAUAGGAACUGCAUCACGUCCUGAAACUGAAGCUUUUACUCGCAAGUAUGGGGCAGACAUAGUCCUUAAUCACACUCAAGAUCUGAUACCACAGCUGGAAGCUAAUGGUUUGGUAGAUGGAGUCGACUUUAUUUUGGUGAAUUACGAUCCUGCGCCAUAUUGGGACAGUAUAAUCAAAGCUGUAAAACCACAGGGAAAAAUUUGUGUGUUAGUGGAAAGCAGUGCUUCGGUAGACAUAUCAGCAUUGAAAGACAAGAGCUUGACACUGGUGUACGAAAGAAUGUUCACAAGAGUUAAUUACAACACUGAAGAUAGAAGCAGACAGUAUGAUAUUUUCAAGAAUGUAUCCAAGUGGAUGGAAGAAGAAAAGCUGAAAUGCAAUAUGACCAAAACAUUGAGUCCAAUCAACGCUGCCAACUUACGGGAGGCUCACAAAUUGAUUGAAGAUAAAAAAAUAUUUGGAAAGCUAGUCUUGUCAGGAUUUUAGUAUUUAUACAUUAGGAUAUUAAAGAUAAAUAAAUCUCAAUCCACA